UUUCUCUUCGUUGGUCAUUGUUUUUAGAUUUCAUGAUUAUAGAUUUGUUAUUUUAUGGUAGUUGUCCCCCUUUCAAUAUUGGUAUCGCCUACAGUUCGACGUGUAAAAAGUCCGUUCACAAACUAGCAGGACGAGUCCUGUCACGUUCACGUCUUCAGUUGGCAGGUAAGGAAAGUAUGGCGGUCAAGAACAGGAAAGUCCGCUCAGGAGGGACAGCCUCAGCGUCAGGUGGUGUUUAUUCUCUGGGAACCAGCGGCUUUGGAGGUGGAGUAGUCCGGGUAGCAGUCAUCAGUGUCAUCGCGAUCGUCUUCAGUGUUCUCCAUGGGUACCACAUUUCCAGCAUGUUUGAGAGUGACCGACAUUUUUCACACCUGUCCACCUUGGAGAGAGAGCUCACCUUCAGGACGGAAAUGGGGCUGUACUACUCCUACUUCAAGACCAUUGCAGAGUCCAAAACAUUCUUGGAGGGCCUCCAUGCCGUGAUGUACGACAACGUGACGGAGUAUCCAACGACCAUCAACGUGCUGAAGCGGUUCAACCUGUACCCAGAGGUGGUGCUAGCAGCCGCCUACAGGACAUACGAGACCAUCAUGGGCAUGUUGGGGAGACCCACCAAGCUGUGUUGGACUGUCAACCGAGGGGAGGGGAUGUCUCCGGUACAGAGCUGUGAGGGAAUGGGAGAGCCGGCGUACUUCUACGUCAACUCUGUGUUCGUGCAGAACGGUCUGAUGAUGGGCCUUUUCUUCAUCUUUGGUACCUAUCUCAGUGGCAGCAUGGUCGGCGGUCUCCUUACUGUGGCCUCCUUUUUCUAUAACCACGGUGAGUGCACCCGUGUGCAGUGGACCCCUCCGCUUCGAGAGAGCUUCGCUUUCCCCAUGCUGGCCCUGCAGAUGUUCCUGAUCACGUACAUGCUGAGAAGUCGCGGCGUCAGCUGGAAGCACGUCGUGCUCCUGGCUGCAUGCAACGUCACCUUCAUCCUGCCCUGGCAGUUUGCACAGUUUGCCCUCCUGACACAGAUGACCGCAGUGUUCCUGGUGUAUGUGAUGGGGUUCAUCCCUGCUGACAGGGUCAAGGCCAUUGUCACGGGACACAUCCUGGGGCUCAUGGUCAGCUACGUUCUGCUGUUUGGCAACGAAAUGCUGCUGACAUCCUUCUACGCUUCAUGCCUACUGACUGUCAUGGCUAUUGUUUCCUUCAAGCCACUCCUGCAGAGGCAGGUGUUCAGUAUCGGGAUCAUGGCACUGCAGGGGGUCUUCUUUGUAGCCGGGUGCAUUGGGCUGAAGAUGGUGAUAUCCAAGGUGUUGAAUGUCACGGAUGAUGCUCACAUCGCCAACAUCCUGCGCUCCAAGUUCUCAGACUACCGUGAUUUCCACACCAUGUUGUACACGUGUGCGGCAGAGUUUGACUUCAUGGAGGUAAAGACUCCCAUCAGACUUUCUGAGACCCUCCUGCUGCCGGGAGGAAUGGUGGUGGUCGCCAUGAUCAUCUACAAAUGCCUCCUUCCACAGGCCAAGAAAUGGUUUGCCCAAACACAGGAGAAGGAGCCUACAGAGAACGGGAGAGACCCAGCAGACUCAGAAUCAGAGUCAUCUGAGGACAGUGAUGGUGCCCCAAUAGACCCCAGUGCAGCGAUAGUGUACCACAUGCUUCAGCUGAUGGCCUUCUUCCUUCUGGCCUUGAUCAUCAUGCGCCUGAAGCUGUUCUUCACCCCUCAGCUGUGCCUGGCUGUGUCCCUGCUGGCAUCCCGGCAGCUGUUUGGGUGGGUGGGCAGCCAGACCCGACACACCUUCAUCCUGUUUAUCGUCCUGGGAGCCAUGAGCAUCAAGGGUUCCUCCGAACUGCGCCAUCAGUGGAGCAUUCUGGGGGAAUUCAGCAACGUACCCCAUGAAGAGAUGAUGGAGUGGAUGAUUGCCAGGACCCCACCUGAUGCAGUGUUCGCAGGGGCCAUGCCCACCAUGGCAUCCAUCAAGCUGUCAGCGCACAGGGCCAUCGUGAACCACCCACACUACGAGGAUGCCGGCCUCCGCGAGCGCACCAAGAGGGUGUACGGCAUGUACAGUCGUAAGCCGGUAGAGGAGGUGCACCGUGACCUACUGGCCAUGGGAGUCACACACUUUGUGUUGGAGAUGUCGUGGUGUCAUCGUAGGACCAAACCAGGCUGCAGCUUGCCGGAGAUCUGGGACUUAGAAGAUCCACAGCGUGCAGGGAAACAGCCCACUUGCGAUGCCGUCAAGAAGAAACCAGAACCUUACUUCAAGGUCCUCUUCAAGAAUAAGAUAUAUAUUGUACUUAAAGUCUUACAGGUACAAGAUAUGUGAGCAUAUCCAGAUAUGUAAAAUGGCAUUUAUUUAUCAGAUGACAUUGCCACUUUUAAGAUUGAAUGUUUUGCAUGUAUAUUUUGUACCCUUUGCAGUAUAACACUGUCAAUGCAAGUUCACAUGCACGUGUGUGUGUGUGUGUGUCACCAACACUAGGUACACAAGAGAGAGCCAUAAUUCAAUAUGACAGAAAGAAACAUCUUGAGUAUUAAAACACCAAAGGGAUUCAACCAUCCCAUUUACAGCCAUAACAUAAUAUUACUGGUAGCUUUGCCAACAUUGCAUAUGGUCAUAGUUCCUGAGCCAUAUCUGUACUCUUAUUAAGAAGUGGUGGUUUCUUUUAUGCGCUCAUGUCAUAUCAACUAUUUUGUAAAUACAUGAAAUGUUGUUGCAGAACUCAUAGUAUCCUAUAACAUUGCUGUAGCAAUAUAUGUAGUUAAUCUAGGUUAUAUAAUUACCUUUGACAAGAAGACAAUAUUAUCAAUAUGUAUUUGGAAGUUCAUCAUAAAGUUUGUUGCUUUAGGGUACCAUAAUUAAUUGUUUGAUAUGUAUGAAAUGUUUGUCAAGGCAGGUAGAGUAUCUCCUGUUGCAUAAAUGUUGUAGAUAAAUGUGUAGGAAUUAUUCCUGCAGUUAGCAAGUUGACCAGAUUAUGAGGAAAGUGACUCAAUGUUACCUGUUUUACACACUGUACUUGCUGUGUGUUAGUUUAUAUUGGUUCCAGUGUAAGACAGUAGGAUUAUGUAUGUAAAUGAUCCUGUACACAUUCCAGGUUCUGAUAAAAGUCUCUCCAUAGCCUUCUUUCAGCUGUUUUUUUUUUUUUUUUUUAAUUCAUCUAUUUUGCUACCUCUUCUCCCUGGAUUAUGUUACAUUAUAUGAUAUUCAUUGGGGACAAGUUCUGUUUUUGUACCUAUUUCUGCACAUACAUACAUUGCAGCAUGCUGGUACUUUCUUACUAUGUUAUUACAGUUUUUAGUUUAGGCUAGCAUAUUUCUUUCAGAUAAGGGCUUUUAGAUUAGUUGUAAAAUGAGCCUCUUACAUCCACAUUGACUGUGGCCUGGAAAGAUUUUGGCUUUUGAUAGAUAGUUGUGCCAUGCCCAUGGUUUGUCAGAUGCAGCAUCUUGUUUGGAUGGGAAAACAGGCCUUUCAACAUAGCCUCAACUGAUGAGGAAGUAGUUUUGUAAAGUGUUAUGUCCAGUACUUACCAUGUAUUUUGGCAGAUAUGUACACAGAACAGUUGUUUGUUGGUGCCAUUUUUCUGUGAUGAGUACCAAAUCAGCGGGACCAAAAGUGUAUGACUUGUGUGGGUCUUCAUCACUGUGCAGUUGUUUAUUAAGUGAUGUAAUAUGAAGGGGUAUUUGAUAUUGUGUUACAUCUUCUUGUGCAGCAUCUCCUUUUUGGAGACAUUAGACCACUUCAUGUAUACCAAAGUACCACUGUCAUACAUGGCUAGGUUUGUCAUAGUUUAGUGUUUUGUAUCUUUGGAACAUUGAUGUGCAAAGAUGUUGAAUUGAAUUAUUUCAGAAUGGCAACCAGUCAUCAUUUGUGUCUUAAAAGCUGUGUGGAUGAGUGAGAUGGAUGGUUCAUUGUCACAUUUCUACUCCAGAUUAUACCCUAUCAUCC